GCGACUUCUCCCUCUUUCAAAAUGCUCAGCAGGACUUUGCUUCUCUGCCUCUUGGCCGCUGCGUUCAGCACAGGCUCCUCUCUGAGAUGCAAAUGGAUGGAUCACAAAUUCAGACAGUGCAGCGAAAACUGCCUGAAUCUACUGGAAACUAUGGCUAAUAACUCCACUAACACCACUGGACACGCUGCAGUGACCUUCCCUACUGACCUGUACAGCCAGGCGUCCAAGGCUUCAGCUGAGGAUAAAGUUGGUUUCACAGUUCAGGUUCUGGAGGAGGUGGUGGUUCUGUUUGAGGAGGACCACAGCUCUGCAUCCUGGGAACAGGUCACAGUGGAGAACUUCCUCAGCGUUGUAACUCGGCAGGCCGAAGGCCUCCGCUCCUGUGUGAGUACUGGGAGCCACAAGAAGAACAAGAAGCUGCAGAUGUAUUUUAAGAGACUCUCACGCCAUGUCCUAGAGCAAAUGGACCACAGUGCUGAAUCCUGGGAACUGAUCAGGAAGCAAAUCAAAACCCAUCUGAUGAGAACAGACCUUCUGAUUUCAUCUCUGCUCACUGUCAACUAAAACCAACUAUUUAUUUUAUAUUUUAUUUAUUUUU